CUUAGAGUCAGUUUUAAUCGUCUUGCCGCACUAUACAGAAGCUGUACUCGACUAUGUAAAAUUUUUGGUAGGGAUUUUACUGCGUGCUGUAAUUUCAGUUAAUUGUUAUAUAAUCGUGUGAAUUAUUGUAUCUAAUGAAGCCACUAUCAGCAAACGAUUAUCUUUUAAUUCCAAACCGGACGUCCGUGACACCAUUAUUACAUCUCGGGACGCCAAACUUAAAUCUUCCUGACUUCGCUAACACAAGAAUGAUAGCCAAUAAUCAACAAUCCGUAAGCGAGUCUUCGAACCCGGAACCUCUAUGCAAUAACCCAGCCAAGGAAGCAGCGCUGCAUGCUCUAUGCCAAAAGACUGGGUACACGAUUAAACAGGAAAAUGGACAACGAAAAUAUGGCGGGCCACCUCCCCACUGGAAUGACGUCAUCCCCGGGAAAGGAUGCGAGGUGUUUGUUGGAAAGUUACCACGUGACCUAUAUGAAGACGAACUUGUUCCUGUGUUGGAAAAAUGUGGUCGGAUUUAUGAGUUGCGUUUAAUGAUGGACUUUAAUGGCAACAACCGGGGGUUUGCUUUUGUGAAGUAUUGCGCCGCUAGUGAGGCCCGUGCAGCGCUAAAGGAUCUGAACAACUUCGAAAUUCGAAAGGGGAGAUUACUCGGGGUAUGCAAGAGCGUGGAUAAUUGCAGAUUGUUUGUCGGUGGGAUCCCCAAAACAAAACAAAAAGAGGAAAUUCUAAUUGAGAUGAAAAAGGUGACCGAGGGGGUAUGUGACGUCAUAGUUUACCCAUCUGCGGCCGAUAAACAGAAGAAUCGAGGAUUUGCGUUCGUGGAAUACCAGGACCAUCAUACGGCUGCAAUGGCCAGAAGAAAGUUGAUGCACACCAGACCACAAAUCUGGGGUCAUCCUAUCGCUGUUGAUUGGGCCGAGCCAGAAGUCGAAGUUGAUGACGACAUAAUGGCCACUGUUAAGAUCCUCUACGUCAGAAACCUGAUGCUGAAUACGACCGAAGAGCAAUUGGAAGCGGAGUUUUCGGCUCUAGUACCGUCUGGAUCUAUUGAAAGAGUGAAGAAGAUACGAGAUUACGGCUUCGUUCAUUUUAACACGCGAGAAAAUGCGAUAAAGUGUUUGAAACAAUUGAACGGGAAGAUUUUGGAUGGGUCCCCGAUGGAAGUCACUUUGGCGAAACCAGUAGACCGUGAAACAUACGUCAGAUACACGAGAGCAGCAAAUAGAGUUGUUGAGACUCAAGAACCACUAACAAUACCAGGAUAUGUUGCAACGACUUAUGAUCCACGAUUUGAUCCUGCAUCUGCUGCUUAUUCAUACGCAGGAGGACCUAUCUACUACGGUGUCCCGUACGGUGCUACUACUAUCCCGACCCUCGCUUCUUCUCCGAGAUUCGCUGUACCGCCCCUUAGAGGUGGGGUACCACAAGUUCCAGGGAUGGUCACUCAAAUUGGGGCCGCGGGAGUCCCUCUUGGUAUUCCGGGCGCUACGACGGGGAUUGCUGGGGCCCAGGGCAGGGGCAUUUCACUGAGAGGACGAAACAGAGCUGCAGGGAGUCGGGUGGCAGCCAGAGUAGGCAACGGAAGAGUUGGCUUCCAGACGACGUACUACAGCCAAUACAAACGUCCGCAGUGGUAUCAACCACAACAGGUGGUAUCGGUCCAACCGCCGGUGCAGGCAGAGAAAUACGACUUAAUGCCAGACAUGGUGCUCACCCCUACCAACCCACUAUCGCUCAAGCCCAGCCAACUGCAGAAAUCGCCAAUACAGCUUUUGGAGGAGUACUGCAUGAAAAUGUCGCUGGGGAACCCGGACUACAAGCUACACUCAGCCGAUGGCCAGAAUGGUCGCCAACUGUUCUUAUACCGGGUGGAAAUCCCGGGCUUGUCCAGCAGCCAAUCCCAGCAGGACACGUCAUACAACCCCAACCAAUCAGCGCAAGCCAAACCCAACCAGUUCACCCCUACCAAAUUGUGUACCUCACUUGAUGUCGCUAAAGAAAUCGCUGCCAGUCACGUGUUAGAUUCGCUCUCGGGUGAUGACGUCACCACCGAUGACGUCAAACCUGACGUUGAGCAGGUGUACGUCACCGACAACAUACCAACUGUCGGUACAGGAAUUAACGGCGACGUUAAUGGAUACGCAAUGUACAACGGAGCCGUGACUGACAGCGACUAUUCAAGCUUUCAACUGUACAAUUCAACCGUCACAUACCCAGGAAUCGCAACGACCGCAACUGAUGCAUACGGUCCAUAUUAGUUGUACAUAACUCGCAACCUUACUGUAUAGAAUAACAUCCGCGCGCAAUUAUCGUAUUUUUCCGUAAUAAUUAUCGCUACGCCGUAAUUGGUCGCCGUCUACUUGGUUGAUAUUGUUACUGUUCCAAAGGCCUUUCGUUGCGUACAGGGCUCUUUCUUGAUUAGCUGUGCAUUUUUUCACCGCCAGUGUUGCUGACGAUUGUGACGUUCCGUUGAUUGUUACGUCACAAUCGUGUUUACAUCACCAUUGAUUAAUAGGGCCGUCAUUGGUACGUUUUAAUCGGGAGAGGUAGUUUCAAUUUAUUUAUUUAAAACGAAUUAAAAUUAACAGAACUCGAACAAAUUGUUUAGGGUAACAGUCCUCUAUAUUGCCUCGUUUUAAAAGCAGUUUUUAUUUUAUUUUCUAUUUUUUACAAAGGUUCCUACAGUUUCACGUACCCCAAAUCAUCAAAAAAUCAUCCUAAAUCACAAAUAGAGAGAGAAUAUCCUCUAAUACAUCUCUCAUUCGUUCCUGCUUAAGUUAAGUCUUAAGUGGGUGCGAAGGCGACAAUUAUAUGCUGCGAUUUGCUGUAACUUCUUGAUUGCAUUAAUCAAAUGUAAAUUUAAUAAUUAAUACACGCUUUACUCGAAA